CGUAUUAAGAGGGUUGCAUAACCAUUGAAACUCUAACCCACUCUAACCUCAAUAUCAAGUUUUUUUAAAUUUAUUUGAAAAAUAUAAUAAACAUAUAAAUAUACAAAAAUACAAUAAAUUAAUCCGCAAAGAAUGUCUACAAGAUGGUAUCCAAUUUACCAAAAAGGUGGUCCCCAGUUGCGAGUGUUUUUACCGAAUUUUUGGAUGAAAUUAAUUAAACCUCCGCACGAACAACCACCCAAUAUUGUACAAUUUGCCUGUUCAAUGGAAAUGACCAAGUACGAUAUUAAAAAUUACUUAGAAAAAAUCUAUAAUGUAGAUGUGGUCCAUGUUCGGACUAGAAUUGGACUUGGCAAGACUAAAAGGGAUCCUGGAUUAGGAUAUGUAGUCAAAGCCGAUGAUACGAAAUAUGCCUAUGUAACACUGCCUAAAGACCAAGAAUUUAAGUUUCCCGACUUGUUUCCAAAAGUAUCAACUGUUGAGGAAGAUUAUGAGAAAACUAUUAAACAGACUAAAGAUGGUUUCAAGGAUUAUUUAGAUAAAAAUAAGGAAAGGCCUGGUAUGCCAGGAUGGUUUACUGUAUAACGUAGCCUGAGAAUGUAAUUUAAUAUUAUGGUAGAUAUGUACAGAAAUAAUUUUAUAUUUAAUA